AUGUGGUGAGUCAGCAUGCCUCGCAGCUGAUCCCUCAAGAUGAUCCAAUUGACCAUGUUGCCCAACGUGCUCAGCUCUCGACGAGUGACAGGUCCAUCUUCGAAAGAAUACAUCGCCUUCUUGCGCUACAGCAUCAAGGAAGUAAGAUAGAGGAUGUUGUCGCAGCACUUGGUUACGCAAAUUUAUCCGCAAUUACUUCUCUGGUAAUUGCUUUUCAACGGCUAGCUUGGGAGGUUGUCCUCCCCACCUUGCUUCUACAAAACGCUCAGCUAACGCUUGGCACUGAUGGCCAGCAAUGUAGAGAGCUGGUCGAGUGUUGGGAGGAGACAGCAACCUGGUUUGCGUACGGCAUAAAUCUCGCUUACAUCAACUUGGUCGAGAGCGCACGAGAGAACGAUGAAGGCGCAACGCUGGUUAUGGCAGCGAAAGGUACGUGGCAGUGUUGACCAUGGCAGAGCACGAUAGAGGCGACGCCCACGCUCGACCUUUUAUGGAUGUAUGCGCUUCUGCUUCAGAGCGAGACAGGCUCUUUGAUCUUCUGCCGGUCUACUCUGUAACUCUGGCGAACUACGGCGGUCGGCUCGGACACGAAGCGAUUUACAUGGUAGGUUGUUGGGAGACACAACGACUUGCUUCCAGCCGCUUGAGCGUUUGCCUUAUCCCGACAGUGCAUACUCACGAUUGACUGGGCCGUUGGGGAUAACAAGCAUCUAGCUGAAGACAAGUUGUCACUGCGAGUAUGACACUGCGCCCCAAGUUCCGUGGCUAUAAACAGACUUUUGCCGACCCAUCGCGCUAAUUGGCGUUCCCGCAGAUCUGAGCUUGGGCUGGCACUGUGCCGACUAGAUGGUACGAUGAUCCAUUUACCUAUGCGCGAACACAUCGCUGACGGCCAACUUCGCCCCCAGCUUUCGAUGCGCUGUCGCUUUUUAACACGGUGUUUAAGCUGCGCCCACGCUCCUCAAAGACCAGCAAGGUCUCGGACGAACAGAAACGAGACUUUGCAAGCAAGCUCUUCCGACCCCUGAAGGAGACUAUGAAGCACGACAAGCUAUACGAAGACUUUUUAGACCUGGCUGUCCAGCUCAAGUCUGUCAAAUGGCGUGAGACCGCCUCCUUGAUGCUGGCUCGUCUCGGCGAGUACGAUUCUCGACGGUGCGAAUAUCUUCCACAUAAUGCAGCCCAGGCGAAGUCGAGCGCACGAAGCUGAAUUACGGUCACUCUUCGCGCCUUAGAUCGCAGCGCGUGGUCUUCAAAAAGCUGCAAGUUGGCGCGCAAGGAAAGCUCGUCCAGACUCGUUUGGUCCGUCCGGAACAGGACGCGGCGCCUUAUGACAUGUGGCUUGAAAGCGAGAACAUCCACAUAGCUUUCGUGGAUUCUGAUGCCGACGAGGGAUCAACAGACAUUCAAGACUCUUCUAUCAACCUUCCAUAUGGCCAUUUGGCGAAAGUCUCAUCCUCCGAGGAAGGUACGUUCCGUCCAAAACCUUCCUUCGCUCCAAGUAUUGAGCUGACUAAUUAGACAGACGGAAGCGUACUCCUGAUCGAGGCUAACGUGGAUGUACUUGUUGGCUCAACGCCCUCGUCUCUGGACCGUCAUCUGCGAAUCUACUCUCUACCGGACGAGGUGGAGCGCGCGGUCGCCAUUAUCAAUGAACGACGGCAGUCAGCGAUAUCGAGUGCCUACCAGGACUGCGAGAAGGGUAACCGCAAUCAUAGCACAGCGACGUCUCAUAAGGACCAGCAGACGUCUGACUGUGCGCGCAGACCCCGCGGAUUCGUGAAGGACAUGCCCCCGACGCAACAAGAGUCUCUUGCUAGUGAUCAGGGUCUUCUACCUGCUGCGUUGCCACGGAGAAAGAUGUCCGUCUCUCCAACGAUUGCGGCUUCGAAUGCUUACGGUCACCAGACCUCGGCUCUCUCGACGGAUCCCAGAAAGCCGCAGACCCUAGCACAAAGCAGCUUGCGGAAGGAAUCAGAGCUUACAGCUAACGUGUCUACACCCGAAGAUUCUUCGCAGCCGCCGGAUGACGUGACGCCAGAGCUAUCCUUGGAUCAGAGAAACCAAUACCACACCUUGAAGAGCUCAGUGAGCCGGUCUGCGACCUCUGAAGCACAGUCAAAAGAGCAGGACCGGCCGCGGCGUCAGCCUGGCGUUGUCAAGCGUCUAAGACAAGCGGAGGCAGCAGCGCCCAAGCGAGUGCCCCGGGCUUCGGAACACGUCUCUGCUCAAAAGCGUUCGGCAAGGACGUCCCAUGUCGACAGCGAGUCUCGUUACUCUCUUCGCAGAGCUGAUGAGCAGUCAAAAAGUGGGUAUCACCAAAACGCGGUGAUGUUUGCGCCGCGGAUGAUUUGUGCUGCGUAUGCUGAUUCGUUACGUAUUGAUCCCUUAGACGGGGCGCGUUCUCAACGAGAAGGUCCUCCUAGCGUUGCUGAUGCCGAUCAACGCGUAAACGCAGAAGAUCACAGCACAACUUCGGAGCUGGCCGAUGAGAGUGAAAUCGCGCAUAGGUUCCAAGAGUCACAGCCUGGAAAGGCACGCCAGAAAGCAGCUUCCGUGCGCGAAGAAAGGCCGUCGUCCUUUGUCAAGGAGAAGCACGCCUCAAGGAAAGAGAUUCCUGGCAGCCUGACAUCCUCUACACCAAGAGGCAGACCCAAGCCUCGCGCAAAAGUCAAUGACCUUGCAGUGCCUGCUCGCCAUGCUGACUCUGCCGAUGGUAUCACACCCUUGCGCAAAAGCGGACUUGAAGAGGCUGAGCCUCCUCAAGCUGGAUCUCGAACCCAUGCUGAUCGGCAUCCAGGGAACUCAACCUCACGUGCAGACCGGCCGCUUUCUCCAGUCCAAGCUGCAGGAACGACAAAAGGACAGGAGCCUCCUUCAAUGCGCGGGACCGAUACCAAAGCAGCGUCCGAGCGCAGGAUCCCGCUCAAAGCGAAUCCCGCUUCCGGCAACUCUACUGAGACGCGAAGCGAACAUGACGUCGCUGAUCCCGCUGGGCAGGCUCGCAAGUCUGCGACCCACGGUCCGGCUCUAGCUUCAUCAGGCAGGCGCAAGCAGGCCCGUCCGCAACGCGACGAUGAAUUCCCGUUGCUCGAAGAGACCUCGAGAUCCAUGCACAGCGAGCGAAAGAAACGAGGACGUGAAUCCAAGGCUGCACGAAGCGGCGCGAACGACGAGAAUAUCGAGGCCGACCGCUUAGAGAGCUUCUCUGGGGUGCCGGUAAAGCGAAGCCGAGUCGAGCGCAUGGACGUCGGACGCACCAAGAAGACGGCAAAGACAGCCCGUUUUGAUGAUCACAAAAGUUCGGAGAACGUCAUCUUACAGGAAGACAUCUACGAUGAUCUUCCAGGAAGCAGUAGUCCUCGCAAAAAAACUCGCAAGGGCGCCCCUUCAUCUGCCCAAAAAUCAGGAAAGUCGACGAUCACAAAACAAAGGGUGCGGACUGAGACAACACGACUCAGCAUCGAGAAGCCCAGUCGCCCGGUGCACUCAAAAGACGUCUCGAAGCAGCGAAGCGGUCUCAACACUACCGCACCCGAGGCAAUUCCCGAGGUCUCCGAGACUCCAGUCCUGGACGACGCAGAUUCAGCCGCCGCCACAUCUGCCGAGACUUCCGAAGUCGUGAGAGGGGCUCAGUCUCCUACUAAGCUGCUCUCACCUCAUAAAAGGGCCAGAGCCGCUCCAUGGAUGGUCUCUCAAACCAAGCGUCUGAUUACGCACAGGGAGCAUGAUCGUGGCUAUCCUCUGGAGACCCCGGAAGAACCAGCCGAAUCGCCAAGACGUGUCUUGGCAAAUGGCGAUCCGGUUGCAAAGGGCGAAGCUCCAGCAGUCAAGGGGCCUUUAGCCCUUCUGCCUGACUUCGACGUGAACUAUGACGACGGUAUUGCAGACAUGCAAGCCUCUAGUGAACCGGCCUCUGUCCUCGACGAAGCCGAACGACAGAUUGCAUCACCAAGUCAAGACGCAAUGCGGCGACGAACCAGCCAGCGCUCACAAGAGCUUCAGCAGACCGACAGGAUGCAGGCAAACGUACCCGUCCUGAUGGAAGAUGCACGGGCUCUGCACACCCUGCACGUCCAAGCUAUACCAGAAGAGAAGACCCUACUUCCAGCACGAGCCGGCGCGGACCACAGUCACGUCACAUACGAUGCAAAGGCCUGCAGCGCAGAACUUCAAGCUCCCACCGCCCUAGCCAAAGAGGCGCAAGCUUCUCACCAUGCAUCAACGUGUGGACCCGAUCAGCAGCCUACUGUCGACACGCCGGCGCCGCCUCCGAUUGGCCAAGAGAAGGUGCGGCCAGAGCUGGACAAACAUAGUGCUUCACGCGGUGAGCCAGGCAUUGGCAAGCAAAAAGGUCGCGACAGCGGGCUAGGUGGCAUGUCAGGCGCGUCGGAGCUAGCACCAAUCAAUGAUCUGUGUGAAACUCUAGGGACUUCAGCUGCACACCGUAAGCUUGGCACUCUGCAGGUGCCAUCAGUCAUUUCGCGUGCUCUUGCUCACCGAUGUUCUAAUUCACUCCGCUGUAGCAUUGCCAUCGACCGACAACGAGCUGCCCUCCACCGAGUCGGGGCGCCGUAGACCGCUGGCCACCUCGAAGUCUCUCCUGCGCUUGCAGGAGGAUGGUCCCCUGCGCCCCUCACACGAAGCGCGCAGCCAGGCAAGAUCGCCGGUAGUCACACGCAACAUUGAAACAGUCCAACACAGCAGAGCUUGUACGAGCUUGAAUCCUCUGCGCUCACGCGAGGAGGUCACCAUAGUCAGUGACGUGCCAACGUCGCAGGAUAAUGACCUGUCACAACGAAAUUUACCUAGCACUACGGUCGAGCGCCGAGCGUGCCAUGAGCCAGUAUUCCACCAAAAAGGCUUGCUUACAUUCGCCAGCCAAGAUCCGAUAGACCUCGGCGUUGUAAGCACGAAAGACACGAUUGCUUCACUUGCUAGCGACGUGUUGCUCAAGCGAAAGAUCAACCAGCUGCAACCGGAAGAAACCCACUCAAAGGACACCGAUGCGGCUCAACAGAGCCAGAAUCACCAGGCGGACAUCGUCGAGCGUAUUCGCGCCGCGGCAGAUGCCAUCGUCCAGGUGUGUCCUGCUCGCUGGUGUUGAAUCCGCGAUGGCGUUGCUGACUCUGCUACUCCUGUCUGUAGGCGCUACUUGAGCAAGCAGAUUCUGCCAUACAGCACCGCAUGACAGCACAAGAAGCUGAGCUUCUGCAUCUGCGCCGCGAGUUUGCGAAUGGCAUAGCUGUCCUUAACGGGCAAACGUGAGUCUUCAUGAGCGGAGAACCAGCUCGCGCCGAGCAUGCUUGAGCUGAGGUUGCGCGUACUGCAGUUCCAUCGUUCAGCAAGUGCUAAGAAGAAUGCAUGGCACCACUCGAAAAGCAGCAGACCAAGUUUCUCACUUCGCCAAGAAUGACGUGGAAGCCCUGCGCAAAUUCAAGUCAGGUACCGAUAAACUCAAAAAAGACCACGAGGACAGCUGCGGAUGCUUGCCCGAAAGCCUGUUCGAAGAGUAA